AUGUCUCUAAGGGCAAUUGUAUAUGUUCGCGAUCCACCGUCACUCGAAAUCUUAAAUCAACUUCUCCUUCCACAUGAAACAGUAUACGAGUCAGUAACCACGGUUCAGCAGGGCUAUGAACAAAUCAAUCGAAUGAAAGUUCGUGGUGCACCUGCAAUAGGAAUCGUUGCUGCGUUAACAAUAGCAAUAGAUCUUCAACUAAAGCUUCAAACUUUCAACAAAAAUCCUAAUGCAUUAGACUCUGAUACUUUAAAUAUGUUGAAUUCUCCUUUAUUACUUGGCAAUUUUAUUCGCGGUUCUUUAGACCAUUUGAAUCAAUCACGUCCGACUGCUGUCAACUUAUUUCGGACUUCAGAUAUUUUAUGGGAGGUUACAAGUUCUGGGAUAAAAAAAAAUCUUGGAGCAAAACAGAUUAUCGAAACUUUGGUGGAUACGGCAGUACAAAUGAUGAAUGAUGAUUUAAUUGAUAAUAACAAUAUUGGGAAGUAUGGUGCUGAAUUCAUUUUAAGAAAUGGUGAUAAGAAAAUCUGUGUAGUUACACAUUGUAAUACUGGAUCCUUAGCUACAUCUGGAUAUGGCACUGCGCUUGGUAUAAUUCGUCAUCUCCAUACUCAUGGAAACCUCUUACACGCAUAUUAUACAGAAACUCGCCCUUAUAAUCAAGGUUCACGGUUAACUUCCUAUGAAUUAUUACAUGAUAAAAUUCCCAGCACCCUGAUCUGUGAUUCAAUGGUAUCUGCUUUGCUCUCUUCUCAUUUCUCAUCCAAAAAAGUUGAUCAUAAAAUUACUGCUAUAAUUGUUGGGGCAGACAGAGUUGCAAAAAAUGGUGAUACCGCCAACAAAAUCGGUACAUAUCAGUUAGCAAUAACUGCAAAAUAUCAUAAUGUGAUGUUUAUUGUAGCUGCACCAAGUACAAGCAUUGACUUAAAGAUUAAAAAUGGUCGAGAUAUUAUAAUUGAAGAAAGAAGUGAAGAUGAAGUUGUUUUUGUUAAUGGAUUGAUAAAACAAGAUGGAAUUGAAAAAUAUCAAAUGAGAAAAGUCAGAGUACCACCUGAAGGUGUUAAAGUUUGGAAUCCUAGUUUUGAUGUGACACCAGCUGAAUUGAUUACUGCUAUUGUUACUGAGAAAGGUGUAGUUGAGAAAGAAAAAGAUGAAAAAGAAUUUGAUUUAGAAAAAUUUUUGAUAAGCCAAAACUAA